AUGGAUCCAGCAUUCUCUCUAGCAGACGAACUAAACUUUCACGCUGGCAACUCCACCGAUUUUGAUGAAUCAGAACUUCAGUUCCAUGCGCACUCCACCCUCAACUCGACGCUCGGCGAUGAGUUUGAUCACCUGCACCACCAACAGAGCGAAUACGAAGAUCCCUCCACCACAACACAAGGAGUGGAUGGGUUGAGUUUGGAUGCUCAACUUGACUCCCUUCACCUCCACCCCGAUCAAGCUUGUUUGAGUUCUGAUCUUGCAACGGAGCUAGACCCUCACUCGAUCGAAGCUUCUAGCUCAGGAACGCGUACAUCAGCUUCUUCUAGACAGGUAGGAUCGGAAAUAUCGCAUCUAGCAACAACACAGACGCAGGAGGUGGCGGAGAGCAUAGCUGCCACAUCAUCUUUUCUUUCUCGUCUUAGCGGAGCAGGAGGGGUGGGAGAAGAUACAGCAAAGCUAGAGGAAGGUGCAUCAAGGUACCUAACCCUUAUCUCGCAAUAUACAGCAGAGAGGGAAACACAGGUGAGAGAGCUUAGAGAGUUGGAUAGAAAAGUUUCCCGAUUGCUCUCCUACCCCUCUUCUGGAAUGUCGAGCAGCUUUAGUAACGACACUCUUCUUUCGCCGAGUACAAGUGGGAUGGAACUGCCGGACUUGAUAGAAGACGAAAGCUCUUCUUUACCUUCUUCUCCCACCUCUCCCAUCUCACCAACCAAAUCAAGAGGACAUAGAGCAACAGCAUCAGUAGAAAGCGAUUCGACCAUCACCGACCUAACCCCCCUAACCGUUUCCACCGAUAAACCUUUGUUGGAAGGAGGCCUGUUUGCUCCACUAUACACCUCAACAACCACCCUACUCACUUCCUUAACAACGCUGUACGAACACACGCAGAUUACGAAAAGCAGCACUGCUGAUGCAGCAAGAAAGCUUAAGACUCUAAAAGGCCUCAUCAGUCAGUGGAAGAUGGAACAAGAAAGUGUGGAGGCUAGUGAAGAAUGGAUUUCCCAUCACAGCGAGAAAGGGUUAGGGGAUGCAGGGGAGGGGAGAAGGGAGAGCGAGUGGGUGGAAAGAGAGGUGCAAGAUGUAAAGAGGUUGAUAGAAGGAUUUGAAGGUCAGGCUUUAGGAUUGUUGACCCCUGUUAGCAUAGCCAGUUGA